UCUGGAUGAAAAGGGAGCCUCUUGGACACUCCAGCAGCAGCCAUUCUGACAGGUGUAAAGUGAAGAUUUAAGCUUCCACGUUAUGAAACUAUAAAGAAAAGAGCAAAUUAAACCUGAAGCAAACAGGGAAGAAUAUAAUGAUGCCACAAGAGAUCUUUCUUGGUUUUUCAUGGUGAGAACUUGCUGGAGUUCCUGGAAACAAAACCCAUGGAAGUGUUGGUGCCUCCCAAGACUGCAGUCUCCAGGAGCUUUACUCACACUAGCCCCACCCAGUCUCCAGGAGUUCAUCAAAAUUACCAUUCAAGUAUUCGUCCAUUAUGGCUUCAGAGACUUCUGCUCUAAGCUUCUAGAAGGCGAACUUUGAGUUUCAGUGAAAGGCAUCAGAAACAAGUAGAUACAAAUUACUGCAAACAACUACAUGUCCAGUCCAUAAGAAAGAUACAAAAUCAAAUCAGGGACCAAAUGGUACAGAAUGAAAAUGAUGACCUCGUGGAGCGCAAGAGAUUCCUCAGAUUAUUACAGGAUGAACAAUUUGAGUUGGAUAUGGAAGAGGCCAUUCAAAAGGCAGAAGAAAACAAAAGAUUGAGGAAACUCCAGCUUGAACAAGAAGAAAAAUUGGCUAUGGAAUUGGCGAAACUAAAACAUCAAAGUCUAAAGGAUGAAAAGAUGAGGCAACAAGUAAGAGAAAACAGUAUUGAGCUCAGAGAAUUGGAGAAAAAACUAAAAGCUGCUUACAUGAAUAAAGAAAGGGCAGCCCAGAUUGCAGAGAAGGAUGCCAUUAAAUAUGAGCAAAUGAAACGUGAUGCUGAAAUAGCCAAAACCAUGAUGGAGGAACACGAGAGAGCAGUAAAGGAAGAGAGUGCUGCAGAAGACAAACGGAAUAAAGUAAAAGCACAGUAUUAUCUUGACUUAGAGAAACAACUUGAAGAACAAGAGAAGAAAAAGCAGGAAGCAUAUGAGCAGUUACUAAAAGAGAAACUCAUGAUUGAUGAAAUUGUUAGGAAAAUCUAUGAAGAAGAUCAAUUGGAAAGACAGCAAAAGUUAGAAAAAAUGAAUGUAACUCGAAAGUAUAUAGAAGAGUUUCAGAAAGAGCAGGCUCUCUGGAGAAAGAAGAAACGUGAGGAGAUGGAAGAAGAAAACAGAAAAAUCAUAGAAUUCGCCAACAUGCAGCAACAAAGAGAAGAAGAUCGGAUGGCAAAAGUUCAAGAAAAUGAAGAGAAAAGGCUACAGCUUCAGAACACGUUGGCUCAGAAAUUGGAAGAAAUGCUGCGGCAACGUGAAGAUUUGGAACAAGUGCGACAAGAAUUAUACGAGGAAGAGCAAGCUGAAAUACAUAGGAUGAAACUAAGAGAGGAAGCAGAAGAGAAAUUGAGAAAGCAAAGGGAGUUGAAGCAAGAUUUUAUAGAACAAAUGGCCCUGAAGGAAUUAGUACUCCAGGCUGCGAAAGAGGAAGAGGAGACCUUCAGAAAGGCUAUGCUAGCUAAGCUUGCUGAGGAUGAUCGGAUAGAACUGAUGAAUGCUCAGAAACAAAGAAUGAAGCAACUAGAACACAGGAGGGCUGUGGAAAAACUCAUUGAAGAGCGUCGCAAUCAGUUCCUUGCAGACAAACAACGUGAACUAGAAGAAUGGCAGUUGCAGCAAAGAAGACAAGGAUGUAUUAAUGCAAUUAUAGAAGAAGAAAGACUAAAACUUCUCAAAGAACAUGCUACAAAAUUACUAGGCUAUCUCCCUAAAGGAGUAUUUAAAAAAGAGGAUGAUAUCGAUAUGCUAGGUGAAGAGUUCAGGAAAGUAUAUCAGAAAAGGAGUGAAAUUUGUGAAGAGAAGGGACACCAUCAAGAUUAGGUAAAAACUAGAUUGUUUUUCACCACUAGAUGUCAUUGUAACUUUUGUUUUACAGUUAAUACUGAAUCUGUAAUCUGCUUGGAUUUUCUAAAGUGUCUCUAAUUCCUAUUUUUUAGCUACAAAAUUAAUUGCUCUUAGUCAAACUCGUUCUUGUACUGAUAAUUUGAAGAUCUGAGUUGUGUACCACAUCACAACAGUCCAUGUAUGUAUCAAUACAUUACAGGCCAAACCCAGGAGACUAACUUCUUCAUACUACCCCUACUGCUCAGAGCUUUUGCUGCAUCUCCAUUCAGACUACAGUUCCACUGGUAUUUUAGGAACUUUACUUCCAGGAUCUGGCCAGCCAAAGUAUCUUUUGCUUUCUACUAUAAGGAAAGAGAAUAGUUAA